CGUCGGUGGGGGAGAGAGAGAGAGAGAGAGAGAGAGAGAGAGGAGGCUGCGAGAGGAGUGUGCGGAGCCGCUCCUCUAACUAGCUGGUCAGCGCUGCGGGAGUAACCAGCCUCCGCUGCUGGAGGUGGAGGUGGAGAACUUGAAUCAUGCACCUCGUCAUCACUACGAACUGGGAGUGGAGCCGAAAUUGUGCAAGACGCGGAUAGCAGCAGGACCCCCGGAACCAGCAGGACCCCCGGAACCAGCACGAGUUUGGGUUGCCUGCACGGCGUGCGUGUGCGCGCGUGUGUGUUUUCUUCUUCUUCUUUUUCUUUUUCUUCUUCUUCUUCUUCUUCUUCUUUGCGCUGCAUCAAGUUUCCGAGCGGUGGACAUGCUCGACGAGGCGCCGCUGCUCGGGACCCGUGGCGCCGCCUCACAUGUGCUCCGUGCUGACGCGGUCCGGAGCGGCUAGAGACGGGACGGGGACCCGCUUGCUGAGCGAGCCGACGACACGCGAGGAGGGGUUUCCUGUUCUGCCGCCGCGCUUCGUGUUUCGGUGUUAGGGGGCAGCAGCAGAGUUUCCCCCGGGCGCUGCGGGACCAGCGGGGCCAUGGGGAACGCGGGCAGUAUGGACCAGCACCCCGACCUCCGGGCGCACAGCAUGCCCCUGAAGCUGCCCAUGCCGGAGCCAGCCGAACUGGAGGAGAGAUUUGCGGUCGUCUUGAACUCAAUGAACCUUCCUCCAGACAAAGCUCGACUACUGCGGCAGUAUGACAACGAGAAGAAGUGGGAACUCAUCUGUGAUCAGGAGCGAUUCCAAGUGAAAAACCCCCCUCACACAUACAUCCAGAAGCUGAGGAGUUACCUGGACCCAGCGGUCACGAGGAAGAAAUUCAGACGGAGGGUCCAGGAGUCCACCCAAGUCCUAAGAGAACUGGAAAUUUCAUUACGGACAAAUCAUAUAGGGUGGGUGAGAGAGUUCUUAAAUGAAGAAAACAAAGGUUUGGACGUGCUGGUGGAGUAUCUUUCUUUUGCACAGUAUGCCGUCACGUUUGAUGGGGAUUGCAUAGAGAACAACCCAGACAACUUGGUAGACAAAUCCAAACCGUGGAGCCGCUCCAUAGAGGACCUCCAUGGUGGAAACAGCCUGCCAUCUCCCAUCAGUGGGAACGGCAUCACCCGAGUUGGGCGACACUCCACGCUACGCUGUAACACACUGCCCAGCCGGAGGACGCUGAAGAACUCCAGACUAGUCUGUAAGAAAGACGACGUCCAUGUCUGCAUCAUGUGCCUGCGAGCUAUCAUGAAUUACCAGUAUGGCUUCAACAUGGUCAUGUCACACCCACAUGCUGUGAAUGAAAUUGCACUAAGUCUCAACAAUAAGAAUCCGAGGACCAAAGCUCUGGUGUUGGAGCUACUGGCGGCAGUUUGUCUCGUGAGAGGAGGCCAUGAAAUCAUUCUCUCGGCGUUCGACAACUUUAAGGAGGUGUGUGCGGAGACUCAGAGGUUUGAGAGGCUGAUGGAGCACUUCAAGAACGAAGACAACAACAUCGACUUCAUGGUGGCGUGUAUGCAGUUCAUCAACAUCGUGGUGCACUCAGUAGAGGACAUGAACUUCAGGGUUCACCUUCAGUAUGACUUCACCAAGCUGUGUCUGGACGACUACUUAGAUAAGCUGAAGCACACGGAGAGCGAUAAGCUGCAGGUUCAGAUUCAGGCUUACUUGGACAACGUAUUCGACGUUGGGGCACUACUUGAGGAUGCGGAGACCAAAAAUGCCGCCCUGGAGCGGGUUGAGGAGCUGGAGGAGAACAUGUCUCAUAUGACAGAGAAGCUGCAGGACAUGGAGAAUGAAGCCAUGUCCAAGAUUGUGGAGCUUGAGAAGCAGCUGAUGCAGAGGAACAAGGACCUAGAGUCCAUCAGGGAAGUAUACAAGGACACCAGCACGCAGGUGCACACGCUGCGGCAGAUGGUGAAGGAGAAGGACGAGGCCAUCCAGCGGCAGUGCAACCUGGAGAAGAAGAUCCAGGAGCUUGAGAAGCAGGGCACCAUCAAGAUCCACAAAAAGGGGGAUGGCGACAUUUCCAUCCUGCCCUCGCCGCCCUCCGGAGUCGCCCUGGUGCCUGGCGUGGAGGGCGCGCUGGGUGGCGCGGAGGCAAGGGCCAACAUGACCAUUGGACAGAACCAUGUGGGAGGCGCACCGGGCAUGCUAGCACCACCACCGCCCCCUCCCCCACCACCGCCGCCACCACUACCAACAAUGAAUGGCGUGGCGCCAAACGGACCGUCAUCAGCCGGCCCCACAGUCGCUGCUCCGCCUCCCCCUCCGCCCCCGCCACCACCCCCAGGGCCCGCUGCAGCAAUGUCUGCCCCACUGCCCCCUCCACCUCCGCCUGUAGCCCCCCCGCUGCCUGGCUGCGGCACCCCAACAGUCAUCAUGAACUCUGGGUUAGCAGCUGUCAAGAUUAAGAAACCUAUCAAGACCAAGUUCCGCAUGCCUGUCUUCAACUGGGUGGCCCUGAAACCCAACCAGAUCAAUGGAACCGUCUUCAAUGAGAUUGACGAUGAGAGGAUACUGGAGGACUUGAAUGUCGAUGAGUUUGAGGAGAUGUUCAAGACGAAGGCCCAGGGCCCGGCGAUUGAUGUGACCAUGAGCAAGCAGAAAGUCAUUCAGAAGGGGCACAACAAGGUGGCCCUGCUUGACUCCAACAGAGCCAAGAACCUCGCUAUCACGCUGAGGAAGGUGGGCAAGACGCCAGAGGAGAUCUGCAGGGCCAUUCACAUUUUUGACUUGCGCACCCUGCCGGUGGACUUUGUGGAGUGUCUGAUGCGCUUCCAGCCCACGGAGAAUGAGGUAAAGGUCCUGCGGCAGUUUGAGAAGGAGCGCAAGCCCCUGGAGAGCCUGACGGAUGAGGAUCGCUUCAUGUUGCAGUUCAGCAAGAUCGAGCGGCUCAUGCAGAAAAUGACCAUCAUGGCCUUCAUCGGCAACUUCUCUGAGAGCGUGCAGAUGCUGACACCGCAACUACAUGCAGUCAUCGCAGCAUCUGUGUCCAUCAAAUCAUCUCAGAAGCUCAAGAAAAUCCUGGAGAUUAUUUUGGCGCUCGGAAACUACAUGAACAGCAGCAAAAGAGGAGCAGUGUACGGUUUCAAGCUACAAAGUUUAGACCUGCUACUCGAUACCAAGUCGACAGACCGUAAGAUGACGUUGCUGCACUACAUAGCUAACGUGGUGAAGGAGAAAUACCAGCAGGUGUCGCUCUUCUACAAUGAGCUGCACUAUGUGGAGAAGGCAGCUGCGGUGUCACUGGAGAAUGUUCUGUUGGACGUUAAGGAGCUGCAGAGAGGCAUGGAGCUGACCAAGAGGGAGUACAGCUUGCACGGCCACAACACCAUGCUGAAAGACUUUAUCACACACAACGAGAGCAAACUGAAAAAGCUUCAGGAUGAUGCCAAGAUUGCCCAGGACGCCUUCGACGAGGCGGUGAAGUUCUUCGGGGAGAAUUCCAAAACCACUCCUCCUUCGGUUUUCUUCCCCGUGUUUGUGCGAUUUGUCAAGGCCUACAGGCAAGCGGAGGAGGACAACGAGCAGAGGAAGAGGCAAGAGCAAAUGUUAAUGGAGAAACUUCUGGAGCAGGAGGCCAUGAUGGAGGAGGACCAGAAGUCUCCGUCCCAUAAGAACAAGCGGCAGCAGCAGGAAUUGAUCCAGGAGCUCAGGAAGAAGCAGGUGAAGGACAGUCGCCAUGUCUAUGAAGGCAAAGAUGGAGCGAUUGAGGACAUCAUCACGGCCCUAAAGAAGAAUAAUAUUACUAAAUUUCCCAAUGUCUACUCGAGGGUAAGGAACUCCUCCAGUAGCACCCCUGUGGUGGAUGUGUCCCAAACCUGAUCUGAGGAAUCAGCCUUACAGGCGAGCAGAUGCGGUGCGGAGGAGUGUCCGGAGGCGCUUUGAUGAUCAGAACUUGCGGCCGCUGAACAACGCGGAAGUGGUCAUGUGACAUGUGAUGUGACGAGGGAGCAGUGCAUGUGCUGGGGAGAGGAGAGGACUGGCGGUUACAUGGGGGAGAGAAAGCGAGUGGAAGAUGAUGUACGAGAGGCAAAGGACGUCACGUGAAGGGAGAUGAGCGUAGUAGCAGCCAGAGACGAGCUUGUAUGUAAACACAGUGUGAUGUCAUGCCCCGUCUGUGUGGUAGCAGGUUCUCACGAUGAAGGACUGGGGGUGGUGUAGGAGACGGAGGGCUCUGAAAGGACUGGGGGUGGUGUAGGAGACGGAGGGCUCUGAAAGGUCGACUUUAAGAAACCUUAGACAAGCCAAGUGCCUGAUCUUCAUUAUUUUGUGUUUUGAUCUGAUUCCGCGUCAUCCUCUUGUUGUUUGAUGACUGUCUGUUUUUUGUUUGUAUUUUAUUGCCGUCUGUCAAUUCGAGCAAUACAACUGACCAGGCUUUACCCGCAAGAUAGAUUCCUGUGAUGUAUACAACUGGACACAGCAGCAGAGAGAUCUUCCUGAAAUACACAGAAUGUCUGGGCGGGACGCGCUCCCUCCGCUGUUGCAGAUAGUCCACAUUCCAGCGCCGCCGCCGCCAUUCCUCCGUGAGACAGACGUGUGCCCGACCAGUGCUUUAAAACUCACAUCUCGAUAGCUUUUUUAUGACUCUAUGAAAAGGGCUUGAUGGACUCGUCAUAGGGGACAGAUUUAGUUUUUGCUAAAUCUAGUCGAGACUAAAGCAGUGAUCCAAAAAAAAACUGAGGCGUUUGCAUGAGGUGGAGGUCCUCCACAAAAACCACACCCCAGCUGAAGAAAUGAUUUUCAGAUGCACAGACUAAGAGAAGUGGAGAAAGUGGUUUGAGAAAUGAAACCAGGCUACUGUAACUUGGUGCAUAAGGCCUCUGCUAGUGUAUAACGACCCCUUAUUCAGCAGUGGACCCCGCAUAGCUCCUCAUCCAUAGAACCAGUCUGUCACAUGCCGUCCCUAACAACCGCUUCAUCAGUCUGGUUGCUAAGAGCAUAAUAAUAAUAACCAUGUCUCGAUGCUGCUCAGUAACCCAGGUAACAGCAUCACAGAAGGUUGAGUCAGUUCAUCUGGACACACCGUUUACUGACAGACACGUCUUUUCACUCAGCCGAGAGACCUCUUCAGUCUCACCUGACCACAGAUACCCCCACCCUAAUAAACAAUACAGUGACUGCAGGUGUCCCCACCCUAAUAAACAAUACAGUGACUGCAGGUGUCCCCACCCUAAUAAACAAUACAGUGACUGCAGGUGUCCCCACCCUUAUAAACAAUACAGUGACUGCGGGUGUCCCCACCCUUAUAAACAAUACAGUGACUGCGGGUGUCCCACCCUUAUAAACAAUACAGUGACUGCAGGUGUCCCCACCCUUAUAAACAAUACAGUGACUGCAGGUGUCCCCACCCUUAUAAACAAUACAGUGACUGCAGGUGUCCCCACCCUUAUAAACAAUACAGUGACUGCAGGUGUCCCCACCCUUAUAAACAAUACAGUGACUGCAGGUGUCCCCACCCUUAUAAACAAUACAGUGACUGCAGGUGUCCCCACCCUUAUAAACAAUACAGUGACUGUAGGUACCCCACCCUUAUAAACAAUACAGUGACUGCGGGUGUCCCCACCCUUAUAAACAAUACAGUGACUGUGGGUGUCCCCACCCUUAUAAACAAUACAGUGACUGCAGGUGUCCCCACCCUUAUAAACAAUACAGUGACUGCAGGUGUCCCCACCCUAAUAAACAAUACAGUGACUGCAGGUGUCCCCACCCUUAUAAACAAUACAGUGACUGCGGGUGUCCCCACCCUUAUAAACAAUACAGUGACUGCGGGUGUCCCCACCCUUAUAAACAAUACAGUGACUGCAGGUACCCCACCCUUAUAAACAAUACAGCUGCAUAAGCAACAACCAGUUUCAUGUGCCGAUAUGGGUGUGACCAUUCGCUACAGCUUCAGUGUGUACUUGUUGACAGAGGACUUGGGAAUGUUUGCAAUCGCAGCAUUGUUGGAUGGGGGGUAAGAGUACAUCUGUCUCAGCCAUAUUCAUAUGAAAGUGGUCGUUGGUUUCGGUCGUUAUGCGUCUGUCACCAUCUUCCAAUGCUGUGAUUGCAACAAUCCUGAAUCCUCGGUGCCCACUGUAACUCUACUUAAUGGCCACACCCAUGUCUGCAUAUGAAACUGAUCGAUGGCGUGGGGCGUUAUGCAGAUGUAUUGUUGAUAAGGGUCAUUUCCGGCUACCACUUUCUGGUACCACCUUUGUCGAGGUUCCAAAAACACUGGAGCGGUACCGGAAUCGAUGCAGACCGGCUACACUGAGGGGUUCUGUUACGGUGAUGGAAAACGACACGAGCUGAGCCCGUACCAUGUAGUGGGAAAGGGGCAUUAGAUGAUGAAACGUACCCGUCCCGGUGAACCGACUCACCUGCUGUGAGCGUAGUCAGACUUGCAUUAACGCUGUAGACACCACGAGAAGCCACGAGGGGGCGCUGAUGAGCCCAUCGUUUAAAACACAAGAGACUGGAUCAGUUUUUUAACGCUGAAAACUGCAGUGCUACUCAGAAUCCAGCGACCGUGUGUGUCUACUCAUGUAUUGUAAUUUUGUUGUAUAGUAUUUAACCACUGACAUGGUUUUGUUUCAGCGGUUGCUCAUGGUCUGUUGCUCGUGGUCUGUAUGUGACAACACGUAGGUCAUUCAAGACAGCACAACAACGUACACAACACGAAAAGAAAAACAAAAGUUUUCUAAAUGUACAGAUAUUUUGCUACAGUACUUUUUUACACUUAAUAAAUCCACUACAUCACCAGAAGGUUACUAUUGUACAUAUUGUUUAAACGAAGCUGGCAGCGCCUUGUGCGACGUGGUGUGAAUGUUGUUUUAACUUAUACUUUUGUUUCCAUUCUGCAUAUUUAAUGAGCCAAAAACGACCAUUAACUCAAGACUUCAGUGAGCUGAUGAAACCGGGCCAAAACCGGGCCAAGGGUCACGCCAUGUUUCCUAGGGUGUCACAAAGCAACCCCCGAGCCAGCCACCACACACACACACACACACACACACACAAAAAGCUGUGUGUGUUUGUGUGUGCAAAGAGCUGUGGUCUGACUUCACAUGAACACGAGAGAGGUGUGUUGAGGGUUGGUCCUGCUGGCGGAGGUGUUCUGUUGCUUUGUGACCCAGCCUGUUUCCUGGACCGGGACUUUCUCCACGAUAGCGCGUGCUGCCAUUCUUCUCUUCUCAUUCCUCUGUACUGACGCCAUGUGGCUGACUGGAUAAUACUGGCAUGUGUUUUGUUGUACCAGAAAUGUAUUUUAGGCAUCGUGUGCUUACCACAAGCUACUUAAAAUAACUUUUUAUUAGAUGAUCUGAGAUUUCCAAUGAUUAUGAUCAAAUAAACUAUUUAC